AUGCAACCCCUCUUUGACGGUCCGAUUCCCCCAGCACAUCAACCAGGCGCCGACGACGUCCCCGUGCACAACAUCUCGCCUCCCCCGCCCGACACCGAAGAGCUCGACGUGAACGGGGCUGGCGUGGCGCAGGGAAGCGGGCCCCAAACGCCGGGCGGUGCGAUGGACGUCGACUAUGCGAAUCAGAUCGUCUCGGUCGAGGAUCGCGAUGCGUUUGCGGCGAAGCAUUUGACGGAUAUGGGAGAGCCGGUGGAGGACUUUCAGGUAUUUAGCUGGAAGCUGAGCGACUACCGGAGGCUGGACAAGAGAGUCACCAGCCCCGAGUUUGCGUGCGGCGGGCACAAGUGGAACAUCCUCCUCUUCCCGAUGGGCAACUCGAACGGCCAAGCAAACGACAUGGUCUCGGUCUACCUCAACUACGGCGACCAGAAAGCCUCGGAGGGGUGGCACGUCUGCGCCCAGUUUGCGCUCGCCAUCUCGAACCCGGGAGAUCCGACCGUUUACAUCCAGUCGCAGGCCCACCACCGCUUCACGCCUGAAGAGCAAGACUGGGGUUUCACGCGCUUCGUCGAGUUGCGCAAGUUGUUCUCCGUCUGCGAGGGAAGGACGAAGCCGAUCAUCGAGAAUGACGAGACGGUCAUCACGGCUUUCGUGAGGGUGUUGAAGGACGAGACGGGCGUUUUGUGGCACAACUUCCACAACUACGACUCGAAGAAGGAGACGGGCCACGUCGGGCUCAAGAACCAAGGCGCCACCUGCUACAUGAACUCGCUCCUCCAGUCUCUUUUCCUCACCAACGAGUUCCGAGAAGCGGUCUACCAGAUCCCGACGCAGGAUGACACGACGGACACGGUGCCGCUCGCGUUGCAGCGCGUGUUCUACAACUUGCAGACGUCAGAUCAGUCGGUCGGCACGACCGAGUUGACCAAGUCGUUCGGCUGGAAAGGCUUCGACUCGUUCCUCCAACACGACGUGCAAGAGUUCAACCGCGUCCUGUGCGACAAGCUCGAGACCAAGAUGAAGGGUACCCAGGCCGACGGCGCCAUCAACCGCCUGUUCUGCGGAAAGAUGAAGAGCUAUAUCAAGUGCAUCAAUAUCGACUAUGAGUCGGCGAGGAGCGAGGACUUUUACGACAUCCAGCUGAACGUCAAGAACUUGCGAAACCUCGAAGAGUCGUUCAGGGACUACAUCCAGGUCGAGACGCUCGAGGGCGAGAACCGGUACAACGCCGAAGGGUUCGGCCUGCAGGACGCCAAGAAGGGCGUCAUCUUCGAGGAGUUCCCGCCCGUCCUCCAUCUCCAGCUCAAGCGCUUCGAGUACGACAUGCAGCGCGAUCAGAACGUCAAGAUCAACGACCGCCACGAAUUUCCGCUCGAGAUCGACCUCGAGCCGUACCUCGACGAGAAGGCCGACCGGUCCGAGUCGCACGUGUACAAGCUCCACGGCGUCCUCGUUCACUCGGGAGACGUCCACGGCGGCCACUACUUCGUCCUGAUCAAGCCCUCGCCCGACGGUCGCUGGCUCCGCUUCGACGACGACCGCGUUGUUCCCGUGCGCGACCGCGAAGUCCUCGAGGACAACUUCGGCGGCGAGGCGCCGAUGGCCAAUGGUCAGCCUAUGCCGCCGCCCAACUUCCAGCAGCCGCAGCAGCAGGGCGUCAACAAGCCGCCCGUCAAGGGCGCUAUGAAGCGCUUCACGAACGCCUACAUGCUCGUCUACAUCCGUGAGUCGAGGGUCAAGCAGGUCCUCAAGACUAUCACGGUUGAGGAUGUGCCGGAGCACUUGAGGAACCGGCUCGAGCAGGAGAGGAGGGAGGCCGAGCAGAAGAAGCGCGAGAGGGACGAACAGCACCUCUACCUGACGGCGAAGGUCAUCACCGAGGAGACGUUCCGGCAACACCAAGGGUUCGACCUCGCGACGUUUGACGACCGCACGAUGCCGUCGACACCGCUGCCGUCGUACCGCGUCGCGAAGCAGCAGCCGUACCUCGACUUCCGCGCGCAGGUCGCCAAGGACCACGGCUACGACCCGAACGGCGUCCGCCUCUGGGUGCUCGUCAACCGCCAGAACAAGACGAUCCGACCCGACACGCCCAUCAGCGACCAAGACCCGACGCUCACGAUGGAGACGGUGCGCGACAAGAUGGCGUCGAGGCAGCACGACCUCAAGCUGUACCUCGAGUACAUCGACCCCCAGACCAAGCACGACUGGCAGGUCCUCCACGGCACCGAGCCGCCCAUCAUGGUCUUUGUCAAGCACUUUGACCCGAACAAGCAGACGCUCGCCGGCGUCGGGCACUUCUACGUGCACCGCAACAUGCGCGUCAUGGACCUCGCGAGCAAGAUCAACGAGCGGAUGGGCUACCUCCCGACGACGCCGCUCAAGAUCUACGAGGAGAUCAAGCCCAACAUGAUCGAGCAGAUGAAGAUGAAGGCGACCUUCCUGCAGUCCGAGAUCCAGGACGGCGACGUCGUCUGCUUCCAGGUCGACAUCAACGACCAGGCCGUUUCGGCGUCGCAGGACGGCGCGCCCGACCGCCAGCACGGCUUCCAGAACCCGCUCCAGAUGUACGACUACUUCCUCAACCGCGUCGUCGUCCACUUCAAGCCCAAGUACGACGACCCCGAGCUGCCCGAGUUCGCCCUCACGCUCUCGAAGAAGCACUCGUACGACCAGCUCGCGCAGCUCGCCGGCGAGUACCUCAAGCGCGACUGGCUCAAGCUGCGGUUCACGCAGGCGAACGGUGCGAACGGCGCGCCCAAGUCGAUCGUCCGCCGCCAGUCGAAUCACACCGUCGCGGAGAUGAUUCAGCCCGGCUACAUGACGCCGACGAGCAACCUCCUCUACUACGAGACGCUCGACGUGUCGAUCAUCGAGCUCGAGACGAAGAAGAGCCUCCGGAUCACCUGGGUCGGCCCGACGAACAAGGAGGAGAACUCGUACCCGUUCCUGCUGCCGAAGAACACGACCAUGCUCGAGGUCGCGAGCGACCACCUGCGCAAGGAGGUCAAGCUCGCCGCGCCAGACACAGUCGGGUCCGGCCAGAUCCGCAUCUUCGAGCUUUCGAACCAGGGCAGGACGCAGCGCGUGUACAGCGGGCAGGAGGUUGUGCGCGACAUCCCCGAGUCGACAGAGCUGUAUGCGGAGGAGAUCUUGCUCGAGGAGGCGAACGCCGAGGACGACGAGCGGGUCGUCCAGGUCUACCACUUCAACCGCGACCCUCAACGCGCGCACGGCAUUCCCUUCCGCUUCGUCCUGCGACCGGGCGAGCCGUUCUCGGAGACGAAGCUGCGGCUGCAAAAGCGAACAGGGUCGUCGGAGAAGGACCUGGCCAAGAUGAAGUUUGCGAUCAUUCAGCCGGCUGUUUUCAAGCAACCCGCGCCGAUACAGGAUGACGACAUCCUGGCAGACCACCGAUGGGCCGACGACGACUUGCUCGGCAUGGACCACCCCGACAGGCGGAAAGUGGUCAGCGAACGAGGCGUCUUCAUCCGAUGA